AUGGAUUCAAUUCGCCAGACAGUAAGCCGCACUGCGCUUGGGCUAGCUGAGUACAUUACUCCUGUUCUGAAAAUAUCAAAAUUUCGAGAAACCGGGGUCAUUACGCCUGCGGAGUUUGUUGCUGCUGGGGAUUUUCUUGUUCACCACUGCCCGACAUGGCAAUGGGCAGGGGGAGAAGCUAGUAGAGCACGGUCGUAUCUACCCUUAGAUAAACAAUACCUGUGUACCAAAGGAGUACCAUGUUACAAAAGGGCCAGUCAAUUGUUUCGUGGAAAUUCUGACCCUAGUCGUAUUCUGGAAGAAAAAGAAAUUGAUGGCGGUUGGGUCGACACAAUUUUCCUUAUUGAUGGCGAAAAGAAUGACUCUACUGUAGAAGAUACGGAAUCAAAGGUAGAAGAAUCAGAGUCUUACCUGAAAGAGUCGGAAUGCAGCAUCGAGAAUGAGGAUGAUGAUGAGGAGGAAGCUGAGGAUUUGGAUGCCUUUAUUCAAAGUGGGAUGCUUGACGAAGCUGAUCCGCGGGCCGUAUCAGAUAGAAUUCGCCAACCCCAAAAUGCGUCUUUGUCCAACUCCCGAAAACUCGGGUCCGGUAGUGAUGGAAUCCUCCAGACGCGGACAUAUGAUCUUUACAUCACUUAUGAUAAAUAUUAUCAAACAGCUCGUUUCUUUCUCACUGGCUACGACGAACAGCACAGACCUCUUUCGGACGCACAGAUGUACGAAGACUUUAGCCAGGACCACGCGAAAAAGACGAUCACAACCGAAUCCCAUCCGCACCUCUCUGGAGCCCCAAUGCCCUCGAUUCAUCCUUGUCGUCAGGCGGAAUUGAUGAAGAAGCUCAUGGAUAUGAUCGAGUCGUCUGCUUCUGCCGAAGGAGAGGGACCUAGGGAACAACUUGGAGUUCACCAGUACCUUAUAGUCUUUCUCAAAUUUGUCCAAACAGUCAUUCCGACAAUCGAGUAUGACUUUACUCAAAAUUUCAAGAUCUCGUGA